UUUGUCCUUGUUGGAUAAAUUUGACUAAACGUGUAUUAUUAUUAUUAUUCUGUUAUAAUUGAGUAAAAAAAUAUUGAAAAAUUUACGGAAAACUUUGACAUUUUUUUUAUUUGUCACUUUGAAUACGGUUGAAUAGAUUUUUUAAAAGAAAGUAACAAAGAAAAAUUAUUUUGUGUGUAUACACUCAAAAAGCUUACUGAUCUAGCGCACUGGAGGGGUUAACAAAUGAUUUUGUAGUGCUUCCUUAAAUCCUGUUUUCGAUUUUAUUAGAAGUGUUCAGUUUUGUGUAGACGUUCAAUAUAGUGAGACCGGCAACAUAGAAUAAUUAUUUUUAAGUAUAUCAAUAGCAACCUCCCUGAUCUGUAAAAUGUCUGUAGAUUUGGAAAAAAGAAGAAAUUGUAUACCAAUUUUGUACACGAAAGGCACUCAUUAUGAUGUUGGAUACGAUAUGGGUCGUAAUUUUUCUGGAGUGAUCAAAAACUUCCUGGAAAUAGCUGAGUCCCUUCCAGAGUAUCUGGAUGCCUACGGUACUCCCCAAGGAAGAAAAGGAUACGAAGACACCUUAAAUAGCGUGAAAAAUAGCUUUCCUCAAUAUGUCAGAGAGCUAGAAGGAGUUGCAGACGGUGCAGCAGUACCUUUUCAUCAAUUGUUCUUGCUCCAUAUGGACAACGUCAUACUCUCAGCAGCCAAUAAGAACACCAUCAAUUAUCCUACCGGGUGUUCGACGAUUUGUGUCAAUCAAAAAGGAAACGAGUUUCUGGGACAUACAGAAGAUGCUCUUGGUUCAACGCUGAACCACUACUAUUUCGUGAGUGCUCAUAUUAUUUCUGAUGAGCCUCAAGGCAAAUGGCGUGUUAAAGAGGAAAAAUUCACCUCCCUGUGUUACGCUGGACACCUUCCAGGGUACACCAUGAGCUACAACCAUCAUGGUCUAGUGUUUUCCAUCAACACUUUGAGCGCCAAAAAUUUAAAACCUGGAAAAAUACCACGUCACUUCAUUACAAGAGCUCUUCUGAGCGCCAGCACGUUCGAGCAGGCUCAGAAAAUUCUCAGAGACUCUGGAUGCGGAGCCGCUGACGGAUGUUCCGUUAAUAUGACGUUUCUGAACCAGGAAGGCGACCGUCUCUUUCAUAACGUUGAAAUGGCUCCCUGUAUUGAUAAAGAGUGUGAAUCCAGGCUUAACAUUCUUACAAUAAGUCCAGGAGAAACCUUAUUUCAUACAAAUUCGUAUUUGCGAUCAGAAGAGGAACAGAGUAACGAGAGUAUGUUGGAGAGUAGUAAGGCACGUUUGUGCGUGUUUUCACAGUAUGAUAAGCCGAAAAACGGUGAAGAUUUGAAGAGGAUGCUCAGUGAUACUAGACAUAAUUGUCACAGGGUUUUUAGUGAUUUGAAGGAAGCUAGAGUUAAAACAAUUUGUGCUGGUAUAUUCGAUUUAGUAGGAAGAACAUGGUCUCUAUACUCAGACAGACCCAUUGACAACGACCCUCUAGUUGUCCUGCCACUGGAUAUUAAAAAAUAAACUAAUUCAUGUAUAAUAUAUAUUAAAAAAAACUAGU